GGGUAUAAUAGCUUUGCACCAUUCACUGAUCAUCAUUUGCACAAUGCAUCACAGUUGUGGUGAAUAAGUUUCAACCUGUCAUUCACACCUGCUUUUUAUAUUAUGCAUCUCUGCCACCUACUUAUCUCAUUUCUUCACAAUCAUGUUAUCAUCUUACCUUACUAUCAUCUUAUCUCACCAGGUGAUGGAGGAAGAUGGCAAUGUCUGGGACUCAGAACUGAAUGCUGCAUUCUGGGAUGAAGAUGCAGCACCACCAAUGCCACCAUCCAGCUGCCUAGCUGACAGAAGCUCAACGCUGAUAUCAGAGCAUGCUGCCCCAAAGGGCCUCAGCCAAACCAGCAGUGGGGUAAAGCAACUGCCACUAAUCAGCUCAAACCAUUCUGAUGUUUCUGGCAGUGCCGCGACAAAUGUUGUGCCGCAGUCCUCUGGCACACCGGCGGCGGCGACCCGUCCGAGGGAUUCCUCUCGGUCCGCGCCGCGCGUGCGACGCUUCUUGUACCCAUCUGCGAGCCAGAUCGCCCGCGAUACACCCGACAGACGUCGUCGACCGAGACCCGUCAUCGCCGCUCGGAGCCCGCAGACGCCGGCAGAUCAGCGCCCCGCGGCGGCCGCAGACGCGGCGCUGACUCCCGCGGAGCAGCAAGACGUAGAGGCCUGCCUGGUCACCGCCAUGGAAACCCUCGAGGACGACGGCGAUACGUUCUUCACGCAGUGUCGAGUCAGGGUGACUCCUGACCGACCUAGUGCGACGACGGUGGCGCGUGGUGAGAAGACGGUGAAGGGUGAAGAGCGAACUCCGUCCCUCCCCAUUCGCGAUGUGAAAGAGAGUGAUGAGAACACGGACACGGGCUGUGAAACUAUGAAAACCACUGGUGCUGUUCAGCUGGCUUCUGACAGCGGUAGGGCAGAAUGCUCCGGUCACGUGAGUGUUCAUGCCGCGGGACUCGGCUCAGCGACGAUAACCUCAAGUCGAGGUACUGUCCCCAGUUUACAGCCAGUGACGGGACAGUUGAAAACCCCGCAUACUGCCUCCCCAUCUGUUCAGUCACCAGCAAGCAUGAUCCGCACCGACCCCAAGAACACGAAUAUCUCGAACCGGCCAGUGACAUCGGUACCCGGCAGGACGUCCGCCGGGUGCGCCCUCCCGGCGCUGGGGAGCGAAUAUCGGACCCCCGCCGGACGGCCACCUGACCGUCCUGGACGCGUCCCGCCGGCCAAGCGCUUGUGGUCCGCCGCCGAUAACCCUGAGAGUGAAAAUGAUGAACCCGGCUGCUCCCCGGUCCUGUCCAGUCACAAAAAGAGGCGAAGACGUGAACGCCGUCCAGACGCGGUUCUUGCACCACAAUCACCCAUGGAAGUGGUUCUAGAAAAGAGCAAGAAAAUCGAAUCAGACGGAGCUGUUGGUGCUGACAAGAUGAAGAAUCCAGGCGUGCUGCCCCCACUAGAUGUGCCAGAGCCAGCAUUAGGAGACGAUCGUGGAAAUUUCGCCGGUUUCAGCACUGCUUCCGGACGUAAGCUGGCUGUCUCCGAUCAGGCGAUGAAACGAGCCGUCGCUCUGAUGCGAGAGGUUGAUGGGCCAUCAACUGGCGGCGACUUGUCCGCUCCAGCAGCAGCUUGUCGCGGCAUGAAUCUCAACAAUGACCCUACGAGUUGUGACAAGUCAGACUCAAACGCGGACACAGCAGUGCCGGUGGUUGUCUCGAAAGCUGUCUUGGAGAAUGCCGAGCACGUGUUUGCUGAUCACAUUUCUGAUCCAGCUGUUGAGAUAGAUGCUUCCAUGCGCUGUGAACUGAAGGCUUCGGGUGACAGUGCCACAAUUGAAGAAAAUGUCAUGUCUGGCCAUGCAGGCUCUCUCAAGACCGGCGUGACAGAACACCGUAAUUCAAAUCCUGAGAUGCAGGUUCCUUGCGGAUUUUCAACAGCUAGUGGGAAGCCUGUCAAAGUAUCAGACGCGGCGCUGGAAAAGGCAAAAUCGUUUCUUGACGAAGAUGUGAGUCAAUCAUUGAAGGCACGAAGCGUCACAGAGUCCCAUCCUGUUGUUGGCUUUGCAACGGCAAGUGGGAAGUCGGUAAAAGUUUCAGAUGCUGCCCUCAAGAAAGCCAAAGCAAUGCUUGACAGUGAGUAUGACGUAUCUUUGAAGGUGGAGAACGUCGCAAAGCCUCAUGCAGAACGUCCUGUUGGCUUUGCAACGGCAAGUGGGAAGUCGGUAAGAGUUUCAGAUGCUGCCCUCAAGAAAGCCAAAGCAUUGCUUGAUAGUGAGUGUGACGCAACAUUGAAGGUAGACAACGUCGCAGAGCCUCAGACGAAGCAUCCUGUCGGCUUUGCAACGGCAAGUGGAAAGUCUGUGAAAGUUUCAGAUGCCGCCCUAAAGAAAGCCAAAGCAAUGCUUGACAGUGAGUGUGACGUAUCUUUGAAUGUGGACAACGCCGCAGAUUCUCAUGCAGAACGUCCUGUUGGCUUUGCAACGGCAAGUGGGAAGUCGGUAAGAGUUUCAGAUGCUGCCCUCAAGAAAGCGAAGGCAAUGCUUGACAGCGAUUGUGACGCUUCCUUGAAGAUGAACAGCGUCGCAGAGCCUCAGACGAAGCAUCCUGUUGGGUUUGCAACGGCAAGUGGGAAGUCGGUAAAAGUUUCAGAUUCCGCCCUGAAGAAAGCCAAAGCAAUGCUUGAUAGUGAAUGUGACGCAUCUUUGAAUGUGGACAACGUCGCAGAGCCUCAUGUAGGACGUCCAUGUCAGCCUAAUGUAGGCUUUGCAACAGCAAGUGGGAAGUCUGUGACUGUAUCAGAUGCUGCCCUGAAGAGAGCCAAAGCGAUUCUUGACAGUGUUGCUAAUGAUGACGAAUCAUUGAAGCCAGACAACAACGCAGAAUCUCGGUUGGGAAACCCUGUUACUAUUGCCGGAACAAGCGGUGGUUCCGUAAAGACGUUACCAAAUGUGAGGAACGUUGAGACAAUUUGUGAUGAUGAUGAAACGAUGCCAAGCGAGAGUGCCUUCCAGGAACAUCGGCGGCCUCACGGUGGUUUUUCUACUGCUGGUGGAAGGCCCGUUGAAGUGUCCAAAGUGGCUCUGAAAAACGCAAAAGCUGUGCUAGACAGUAUCAGCCAUGAACCUUACGCCGACCCGUCAAGAGGACUGGCUGUCGAUCGUCCUUGUGGGUUCACCACAGCUGGCGGGAAUUCCGUCCAGGUAUCUGAAGAUGCCCUGAGGAAGGCCAAGGCGAUGCUGGCCAGUGUGGAAGAAACUAUGGAGACGGCAACUGUCGCGCAGGACUCCUCCAUCAACAGCAAACGACCUGAGACUGUGACGGAUGCUGCGUCGAAAAAGGCUCAAACAGAAGUUGGUGCCUUUAAGAUACCACACGUUGAUAGAUGUGCGCGACCGGGGCUGAAGCGUCGCCGACCAGUACUGGCCCACUCUUCGGUUGGUGGAAAGCACUCCGUAAGCGAAACAACGAGCCAUGGAGCAGCAGUCGCACCAGCCGUGACAACUCUUCGGCAACCUAAGGUUCGGUUCCUUUGCUGUGACGAUCUUUCACAUGAUAAUGCGGAUCUACAGUCGGACGCUUGCGCGUCUAAGCGGACGAGUACCGCAACUACUGCUCCAGUCGCAAAAAGCCGUGCUGCUCCUGUUGAAAGCCUGACUGAUGGUGGAGGAACCUCACACCAGACAUCUCACAUCGCAACAAGCCCGGGACCACCAGCGACAGUCGUCUCUUCUGACCACGAUCAGAACAAUACGCGGUGUGUGGAGGACGAGGCCGAGUCGAACACAUUUGGUCUGACUCAGCUGCUGGAUGAUCGGUUCGAGUUCACUCAGGUGGUGACCGAUCGGCAGCGGCUGGCGGAGGAGGAGCGCUCCACGAGCCCGGUGCUGGGCACGCCUGGGCGCGCCGGCCGCCGGCGCCGCUCGGCCCAGCCGGCCGUGUUCCGCACCCCGUACAGGAGCGGACCGGCGCUGCACGCACCGACCAAGGAGUCGCACACACCGGCCGCUCCGCCGCCGUCCGAACCUCCUCCAGCGGUCAUGGCUGCCUCUUCAGCCCCAACUGAGAGCGCCUCUGGAGACGGCAGGCGGGAGGUCCGCGCGGAACAGCAGCGGCGGCAGGCGGAGCGGGCGGCGGGAGCGGACCGGCGGGUCGUCCGAUCGGUCGGCAGUCUGAUGCAGAGUCGGCAGGAGGUGGCGGCGGCCGGCACCGGGAGGAAGCCGCUCAGAGAGGCGCUGGGACCGCGGCCCGCCAACCUCACUCGGGACGAGCUGCAAUCACUGGACGUUCCUGCCGAAGUUCUGGAUGUUACUUUCGCCUCUGCGUCCUCAUAUCGCUUCAAAUGCACCGAGACAAUGAUUUCCGCGGACGGGUGUGUGGUGGUGCCGGCCGACGACGAUACGGUGGGUGUGGCCGAGCUACGCUCCGCCCUCCUCUCCUCCUGCGGCGUCCAACCGAGCCUGGUACCCGAGCGAUGGGUGGAGAACGCCUUCCGACACGUGGUCUGGAAGCUGGCCGCCUACGAGCGCCAGUUCCCAGAUGAGAUGGCCGGCAGGUGUCUGACGGUGGAGGAGGUGGUUCGCCAGCUGCGGUACCGCUACGACCGAGAGCUGGACCGGUGUCAGAGGCCGGCACUGCGCCGAAUCACAGAGGGCGACGACACCGCCGCCAAGACGCUCAUACUCUGUGUGGCGGAAGUGAACACGACGGCCGAGGGCGUCCGCCUGGUGGUGUCGGACGGCUGGUACUGUAUCCCCGCCCAGGGAGACUCGGCCCUACAGCGGCUGGCCCGGCUCGGCCGGCUGCGGCCCGGUCUCAAACUGGCCGUGCACGGCGCCGAGCUGACCGGGCAGCAGGAGCCCUGCUCGCCGCUCGAGGUUUCCUCAGAGACGUUUCUGCGGUUUUCAACCAACUCGUGUCGUCGCGCGCGGUGGGACGCGCGGCUCGGUUACCAUAGCAACCCGGCGCCGUUCGCCAGCUGUCUGAGCGCCGUGCUGCCAGAUGGCGGCUCGGCUGCCAGACUGGACGUCGCUGUGGCACGGGUGUACCCGAUGCUCUACUACGAGAAGGAAGAGAGCGGAGGAGUGUUCCGGACGGCGCGCUGUGAGCGGCGGCGCGCUGCCGCGGCCGAGGCGGCCCGUGAGUCCCGCAUGGAGCGUCUGUAUGCCGCCGUGGAGCGGCAGCUGGGCAGCCAGGAGCGCCCGGCGGGGGCGGGGGUGGUGCGGCGGCCCGUCAGCCGCGCCACCGUCCGCCAACUCAGCACCGGACAGCAGAUCUACGAGUGUGUGGCGGCCGCCGCCGAUCCCGGCAGCGUCGAGGCGCUGCUGACGGACCAGCAGAAGGAGCUGGCGUCCGAGUACCAGCGCCACAGACAGGAGGAGCACCGCGGCAGGGUGGAGGCAGAGUUCCGAGCCCGGCUACAGGAGGAGGCGCAGACCCUGCGGCCGGCCGCGCCGCUCCUCAAGGUCCGACUGGCCGGCAAGAAUAACGCGCCCGCCAGUGGCGCCAUCCUCACACUCUGGCGGCCGUCAGACGAACUACAGACGUUCCUGGCAGAGGGCAAAUCCGUGUCCCUACUGGGGGUGACAGCCAACGGCAAACGUAACGGCGUGCUGCAGCUCUCUGCCGGCUCCCAGCUGCGCGUCCAGCCGGGCCCGGCCGGUCUGAGCUGCCCGCCGCGCGUCCUGGCCUCUGCGGUAUCGCUGGCCGCCGGCCGUCCUCCGUUCGGCGAGCUGGACGUGGCAGCUCUGGUGGUGCGGGUGACGCCGGGAGCGGCGGACAGCCAGACGGUGCACCUCUGUGACCGCGGGGGCACGCUGCUAGCGGCCGUCUGCUGGCCAGGACUGAAGUCGCUGGGUCUGGACGAGCUGGUGGUGCCGGGCGCGGUGCUGGCGUUCUCCAACCUCCAGCUGUGCUCCGCUGGCGCCCGGCCGCCGCUCUGCUCCCUGUCUGACCGGGCAGAGGUCAGCCGGCGACCCACGGCGCGGCACCUGACCGACGAGCUGAGACUGCUGGUCGAGACCAUGGCGAAGUGCUCUGAUUUCGAGGCGUCGGCUGGCGCCGCGCUGGACUCGGCGCUGGCGGCGGCUCCGGGCCGCACCAUGUCCCCGGCGGUGGUCGGUCCGUUCCGGUCGCCGGUACCUUGCGGGGCGCCCUCCCCCGGAACACCGGUCGGUGCGGGCGGGCCGGGACAGCCGGCCGGCGGCGGCACACACACCGGCGCAGGCUGGAGUCCCGCCGAGUCUGCCCUGUGUGCCGGCGCGGACGGCGACGGCUCGGUCCGACCCGCCCAGCGCCGGCUGCAGGCGCUCACCCGGUACGGCCCGGCGCCGCCCAUCAGUCCCCUGGUGUCGCCCGUGCCGGCGGGCCUGCGGCGGCCGUUCCGCAGCCCGCGCCCCACGAUCGGCGACCACCGGCCCGGCGCGGCAGUCGGCGAAGCCGGGACGGACGGCGGGACCGCCGCGCCCACCACCGCCGGCGGAGACAGCGGAGCGGCGGCCGAGAUAAUCCGACUGGCCAAACUGGAGCUGCCCUCGGCGGCCACCGACAGCCCGCCCAUCGAACCCGAGUCCCAGCUGGUCUGAUGUGGGAUCGGCGGGGCUUCGAGCGACUACAUCGUGUACCCCAGUCCCCGCUGGUCUGAUCUAGCUGAGACAUUGAGUCCCAGCUGGUCUGAUGAGGGAUCGGCGGGCCUUCGAGCGACUACAUCGAGUACCCCAGUCCUCGAAGGUCUGAUGAAGCUGAGCCCCUGAGUCCCAGAUGGAUGAAAUGACGGACGGAACGCCGAUGGGGCCGGUAUAGCCUCUGAACAGUUGGACAUCCAUCUUGGAGUGUGACAGUGGAAACGGGUAAACGAUACCGUUACUGGUCCAGAGAUUGACCAGUGCUGAUUGUCAUGCAGUCAUCACCGAGCUCCAUGAAAGCUGCUGAGCUCUACUCACGCUCUUCGUGCCU